AUGCUGCACCAAGCCCUGGAAGAACACAGUUCGACUCUCGCUCGGCUUGUGGACGAAUACCUUUCCUACCUGCCAUGGUUACCGGUUGUUAUGGAGCGGCCUUUUAUGGAAAGGCUUGAGAGACUAGGUCAUGAACAUAAUGCAGAUACUGCGCUACUUGCUCUCACCAUACUUCUUGUCGUGCAGGGAGCCCUACCCGAUAGAGCUACAAAUCCGUCAGAUCGAAAUUACAUCCUGUGCAAAGACCUUUACGCUGUUCUUCAGCUAAGGCGCGCGCCUUCAUUACAACUGGUACAGAGUGGUCUUCUGAUAGCCUUAUAUGAGAUUGGUGAAUCAUCCCCGGGAGCGGCCUCGUUGACCAUAGCAAGCUGUGCGAGGUUAGGCUACUCAAUGAAACUCAAUAUAGACGAUGGGGGUGACUACGAAGAUUAUCUCUCCUGGGAGGCUGCUGAGGAACGAAGACGGGUGUGGACUGGGAUAUAUUUGCUGGAUCGCGUCAUAUACCAGGUAGUAACCGAAUUCAAAGCGCCUCAUGUAUCAGAAGACCUGGCCGAUCACUUCCGACUGCCUGUAGAUGAUGCAUGCUUGAGAACAAACAAAAAUGAAGCGACCCAGACUCCCUCCCACCAGCCGGUGUCCGUGCCGGUCGAUGUUCCAGUCUGCUAUUACGCCCGGGAGAUCCAGGCUGUUCGUUUUCUCAGUGAAGUACAGUUGCUACAAAGACACGUCGACGUCAAUUUGCAGCCGGAGCAAUUCCAAUCUCUGGACCACCGACUAAUGCAGUUUGCGGAAAAGCUGUUUGAGCAGACGCCCCGGGGGUGGGCAGUCUUAUGUGGAGCUAAUGCGAUCACCCUAACGGCUGCAUUGACCCUUCAUUGGAUUCGAAUUGAUUGUGCGGUGAAGUCCCAAACCUUCGGGGCAUCUGAUGAUGCAGAAGCGUCGCUCCUAGCCUUGACUUCGUUUAUUAAUAUGGCCCGCGACACAUGCAAUAAUUUUAAUAUGCUCAGUGCGCAUGAAAAAGUCCCAUCUGCACCGCUACCUGCUGUUGUGUGUACGGGGGAAGCUGUCCUUACUGGGAUUAGGAUGAAGGAGCUGCUUGGAGAGCAGUUUCAGCUAGACUAUGAGCCAUUCCGACUGGCAUUGCUUUACGCGAGGAAAUCGUGGAAAUUGGCUGACCAAUAUUUGCAGCAAAUGGGAUGA